AUGGAGGAUGUCCUUGAUCAAGAAGUUGAUGCUGCUCUUGGUAACGGAGGUCUUGGUCGUCUUGCCGCUUGUUAUAUGGAUUCUCUGGCUACAUUAGACUAUCCUGCAUGGGGAUAUGGCCUCAGAUAUACUUAUGAUGGUUAUCAAGUAGAAUUUCCUGAUUAUUGGCUGAAUUUCGAUAAUCCUUGGGAGUUGCCUCGUCUUGAUGUCGUUGUUGAUGUCCAAUUCGGUGGUUCUGUCAACAAAUAUACUGAUGAAGAAGGUCGAGUGCGACAUGUUUGGGAAGGCUCUGAUAUAAUAAAAGCUGUUGCUUACGACGUUCCUAUUCCUGGAUAUGGCACCAAAAACUGCAUUAAUAUCCGUUUAUGGAGUAGUAAGCCAAAGCGUCAGUUUGAUCUUCACCGAUUUAACGAAGGCCAAUACGAACAGGCCGUUCAAGAACAAAUGCAGGCUGAAAAUAUUACUGCUGUCCUAUAUCCAAAUGACAACCAUAUGGUUGGUAAAGAAUUACGUCUCAAACAACAAUACUUCUGGGUUGCUGCUAGUCUACACGAUAUUGUUCGUCGUUUCACUAAAUCUGGAAAACCGUGGAGUAAAUUUCCUGAUCAGGUUGUUUUCAUUCCUGAUUAUAAUGUAUCUGUUGCCGAAGUUAUUAUUCCAGCGUCAGAUAUUUCACAACAUAUUUCAACAGCUGGCACUGAAGCUUCUGGUACUAGUAAUAUGAAAUUCGUCUUAAAUGGCGGCUUAAUUCUCGGGACUGUAGAUGGUGCAAAUAUUGAGAUUCAUGAAGAAAUUGGUGAUGAUAAUAUAUUCAUGUUUGGAAAUUUGGCUGAUCAAGUUGAAGAUUUGAGGCAUGCUCAUAGGUAUCGCAAUGUACCAAUGGAUCCUGCACUACAAGAAGUCGUUAAGGAUAUCGAAUCCGGUCAAUAUGGCGAUUCACGCAUAUUUGCACCUCUAAUUAAUACUUUAACUGUCGGCAAAGAUUACUAUUUAAUCUCAGAUGACUUUGGAUCAUAUCUUAAUGCACAGAGCUUAGUCGAUGAAGCGUAUAAAGAUCAAGAUGAUUGGAUAAGAAAGAGUAUUUUAUGCACUGCCCGAAUGGGUAAAUUCUCAGCGUACGUAUAA